CCCAGACAGAAUGGUAAACGGCAAACCUUCAUAGCUCUCUUCGCUUCUCUUCUCCCGCCAUCGUCAACUAUGGUACAGUUCCAUGAACACAUCAUCUCCGACCUUCUGGAGGACCCAAGCGGCGCCCUGGUGGUUCUCUCCGGCGGCCUCGGCCUCCACAAGCUCAUCGCCGCCCUCCUCCUCCUCCACCACCCCUCCCAGGGCACCCUCCUCCUCCUCUCCGCCUCCCCCUCCCAGAAAUCUUCCAUUCUCUCCACCCUCCGCCAUCAGAAUUCUUCCUCCCAAACCACCCUCGAUCUCGAUUAUCCCUCCGAAAUCACGUCAGACCUCGCCGCCCACCACCGCCUCUCCCUCUACUCCUCCGGCGGCGCCUUCUUCAUCACAGCUCGCAUCCUCAUCGUCGACCUCCUCACCGCUCGCCUCCCGACCUCCGCCCUCACGGGCCUCGUUAUCCUCAACGCCCAUUCCCUCUCCGACACCUCCACGGAGGCCUUCAUCGUGCGCAUUCUCCGCUCCUCCAACCAGUCUCUCUACAUCCGCGCCUUCUCUGACAAACCCCACGCCAUGAUCUCCGGCUUCGCCAAGGCCGAGAGGACUCUGAAAUGCUUGUACUUGCGGAAACUGCAUCUCUGGCCGCGCUUCCAGGUGUUCGUCUCGCAGGAUUUGGAGAGAGAUCCGCCGGAGGUAGUGGACGUUAGGGUUCCGAUGUCGGCUCACAUGAGGGUUAUCCAGAAGGCGGUGAUUGAGGCUAUGGGUGCCUGCUUGAAGGAGUUGAGGAAGACCAACAAGGUCGAUGUCGAGGACUUGACUGUCGAGAAUGGGUUGUUUAAGUCCUUUGAUGAGAUUGUGAGGCGGCAGCUUGAUCCCAUUUGGCAUACUUUGGGGAAGAAGACAAAGCAGCUUGUCUCCGACUUGAAAACACUGCGGAAGUUGUUGGAUUACCUUGUCAGGUAUGAUGCAGUGACUUAUUUGAAGUACUUGGAUUCACUGAGAGUGUCAGAGAGUUUCCGGUCCGUUUGGGUAUUUGCAGAGUCAAGUUACAAGAUUUUUGAGCAUGCUAAGAAGCGGGUUUAUCAUUUUGGGAGAUUGGACAAUGGGAAAAUGGUUGGGCAGAGUAAAAGUCUGACGACCAAAAAAAGAAAACUUGAUGUCAAGGAGAAAGAAGAUUCUUUGCCAAUGAACACAAAUAGUGGAGUAGUUUUGGAGGAAGUCUUGGAGGAGGCGCCAAAGUGGAAGGUGUUAUGUGAGCUUCUUGAAGAAAUACAAGAGGAAAGAGAGAAGCAAGCAAGUUCAAGUGGAGUACCUUUACUUGAAGGUGAAGAGGGUGAUAAUGGCAUUGUUUUAGUGGCGUGCAAGGAUGAACGCUCAUGCAUGCAGCUUGAAGAUUGCAUCAUGAAGGGGUCACAGAAGGUUAUGCGGGAAGAGUGGGAGAAGUAUUUGCUGGGCAAAGUAAAGCUGCAGGUCUUGCCAAAACGUAAUAAAAAGAAAGCAAAAGACCCUAAAGGUUUUGGGAUACUUGAUGGGGUUAUUCCAACAUCUCCUGGUCAGAAUGCUGAAGCUAGUAGCAUUAAUAGGCAGGAACAUGAUGCUCUUCAGGCAGCAGCAGCUGAAAUAAGUAAACAAGCAAAUAAGGAUACUGUUGUUGAGGAUGAGACUCCACCUUCUGUAGGAUGUGGACGGCGAGCAAAAGGAAGGGGAAGAGGAAGGCGCAGAAAAACAUCUGGGAGCUCUUCACUUUCUGUGAGUGGGGAUGAUAAAAGUGACAAAGAUGUGGCAAUAAGUGAUAAGACUGAAAUGUUUUCUUCUGAAAAUGGAGGCCAAAGAAGUAAAACUGGUCUAUUUGUUGGGGGGUGUUUCCAUGAUGGCGCACCUGGAGUUGCUUCUUCUGACAAAGGUGUUCUUAGGAAGCAUGCUAAAGGAGUUGAUGCUAUGUCAUCUAUAAAUGAUAAGCAGCUCCCACCAGUGUACUUUUAUGCCCUGGAAAGUGACCAGCAUAUACUCGAUAUUUUAAAGCCUUCUACAAUAGUCGUGUACCAUCCAGAAAUGGCCUUUGUCAGGGAAAUUGAAACCUAUAAGGCUGAAAAUUCCAACAAAAAAUUGAAAGUAUAUUUUCUCUUCUAUGAAGAUUCCAUUGAGGUGCAGAAAUAUGAGGCAAGUAUACGCAGGGAAAAUGGAGCAUUUGAGUCCUUGAUUAGGCAAAAAUCAUUGAUGAUGAUACCUGUUGAUCAGGAUGGAGGUUGUCUGGGUCCAAGUAGUUCAGUUGAGCCCCAGUCAAUGACUUCCCAAAAUUCAGUAACUAGAAAAGCAGGUGGAAGAAAGGAAGCUGAGAAGGAAAUGCAAAUCAUAGUGGACAUGAGGGAGUUCAUGAGCAGCCUGCCAAAUGUGCUCCACCAGAAAGCCAUGCGCAUAAUACCAGUGACCUUAGAGGUUGGAGAUUAUAUCCUUUCACCACUAAUAUGUGUGGAGAGAAAGAGUAUACAAGAUCUUUUUGGUAGUUUUACUUCAGGUCGCCUUUACCACCAAGUGGAAACAAUGGUGCGUUAUUAUCGGAUACCCGUUCUCUUGAUUGAGUUUUCACAAGACAAAAGCUUUUCAUUUCAGUCAGGUAGUGAUAUUGGUGAUGAUGUUACUCCUAAUAGCAUUAUAUCCAAACUGUCACUCCUUGCACUACAUUUCCCCCGUCUGCGCAUUGUGUGGUCCCGCAGUUUGUAUGCUACAGCUGAGAUAUUUGCUUCCCUUAAAGCGAACCAGGAUGAACCGGAUGUGGUCAAGGCCAUUAGAGUUGGCGUGCCCUCAGAGGAGGGUAUUGUGGAAGAUGAUGUUAGAGCCGAGAAUUACAACACAAGUGCUGUGGAAUUCUUGAGACGGCUCCCCGGCGUGACAGAUUCUAACUACAGGGCUAUUAUGGAUGGAUGUGAAAGCUUGGCAGAACUUGCAAUUCUGCCCGUAGAGAAACUAGCUGAGCUCAUGGGUGGCCAGAAAGCUGCCAAGACCUUGAGGGAUUUCCUGGAUGCCAAAUAUCCAGUUUUGCUCUGAGGUUCUUCGUUGAUUUCGGUGGAAUCGAAUCGAAGGGGGCUGAAUGCAGCCACCAGUUCAUCAUUUAUCAUAUUCCUUCUGGAGUCUGCAUUUUUUAUUAUUGACUACUUGUUUUCCUUUUAUAGUGGAGUGGUUUAAUUUGAUUCAUUGCAAGGGUAAAUUAUUAAUUUGUUAAGGGCGGCCAUGUAUAAAGCAUAACUAACUGUAUGAAUGAAUGGAUUGUUCUAAUUUUUACAUAACUAGCUGUUAUAUUUGUCAACGA